AUCAGCAAUAUACAAUUAUAAAGCCCUAAAUUUAAAAAAAGAGAGAGAGAGCGAAAUCCCCCUCCCCCGCGAAAUCGCUCCAUUGCAUAAACCUGGGGGGGGCGGGAGAGGGGGUCCCUCUGAUCCUCCCUCCUGACGCCCCCCCCAGCGGGCCCCCUCCCCCACCAUUGUAAGCCAUGAAUUUUGAAUUUGAGAGGGAGAUUGGGUUUAUAAACAGCCAGCCAUCGCUCGCCGAGUGUCUGACUUCCUUCCCCGCUGUCUUGGAGACAUUUCAAACUUCAUCAAUCAAGGAGUCGACAUUAAUUCCUCCUCCUCUGGAGCAAACCUUCCCCAGCCUCCAGCUCGGCGCCUCCACCCUUCAGAGACCAGGGAGCCAAAAGCAAGCCGGAGAUGGGCCUGCUCUGCGGCCACCGCCGCCACUCCCCAUCGCCCCCCCAGCCCCCGAGUUCCCCUGGAUGAAAGAGAAGAAAUCCGCCAAGAAACCCAACCAAUCCGCCGCAUCCCCUUCUCCAGCCGCCUCCUCGGUCCGGGCCUCCGGGGUCGGAUCACCCUCAGAUGGCCCCGGAUUGCCAGAGAGCGGCGGCAGCGGCUCCCGCAGACUGCGCACGGCCUACACCAACACGCAACUGCUGGAGCUGGAGAAGGAAUUCCACUUCAACAAGUACCUGUGCCGGCCGCGGCGCGUUGAGAUCGCCGCCUUGCUGGACCUCACCGAAAGACAGGUCAAAGUCUGGUUCCAGAACCGACGCAUGAAACACAAGCGGCAGACGCAGCAUCGAGAGCCGCCCGAUGGAGAGCCAGGCGGGCCGAGCGCCCAGGACGACGCAGGAGAGCCAGCUGAGGAGCCCACGGUCAGCCCCGGCGACGUCGCGUCUCAACGGCUGCGGGACGCCUGCUUCCUCCCCGCCGAGACCGCGCAGGAACCCCGGGGCGCAGCACCGCUUGCGCAGCCUGCCCUGGAGAGUGUGGGCGCGUCGAGGCCCGGCUGCACAAUGCUAAGAGCCCGAGGCCUGCAGAGCGAGCCCCUGCCCGAAGAUGCCUGUCCCGAACGGCAGGAUUCGCCUUUCCUGCCCGACCUCAACUUCUUCGCUGCAGACUCCUGUCUCCAGAUGUCCGGAGGCCUUUCGCCCAGCCUGCAGGGCUCGCUCGACAGUCCCGUGCCCUUUUCCGAGGAAGAGCUGGACUUCUUCACCAGCACGCUCUGUGCCAUCGACUUGCAGUUUCCCUAACUGUUUUCGAUCUUUGGUUCUUUCCAUCUAGUCCUUGGCUGCUAGGGGGGGAAAAUCGGGCCUUCUCCACUCCUAGUCACAUUUAUGUGUUUUGUUAAAAUCCAGGUAUUAACGAAUUAGCGUUUAAUUCACUCAUUUUCACUUUUUAAAACUACACAAAAAAAAAUUCCACCUGGUAAAACUCCUUCCAACGAAAUCUCAGGAAUAAUUAAACUCUAGUGGGAGAGGGGUUUCUUACAAAGCACUAGAGGGACCUAUUUUCCUCUUUUUUUAAGUUUUAGAUUGUAGAUUAUUUAUUAAAAUUGUUUAAUGAUAGGAAAGGGUAAAGUAUUUAUUGUACAUUAUUUUCAUAGAGUAAAUAAAUGUCUUUAUAAUACGAGAA